AUGUCAUCUUUUCAAUUAGUGCACUUCGAUGGAUCAAUCAAACGAAACAGAAAUCAGGAAGCAAUUUUGAAAUCAUGGAAUGAACGAGAUCAGUUUUUGAGAAGCUUAGAGGAAAAGCGGCAGUUACGAUCAAAAGAAACUAAGCAGAAGUCAGCAGCCACCGUUAUACAAAGAUGCUGGAAAUCAUAUUUUAACAAAGUAAAUGCUCAUAAAAGGCUGAGACAAGAGUUCAUUAAUCAAUCAACAAACACCCCUGAGGAUGUAUCAUAUCAAAUGAAACGAAUUAACUUAUUCUAUCGAAAUGAUUACCCGGAAGAUACCACACGCCUAAUCACAGUUUGCUCAAACUAUUUAUCCAUUUGUGACGGCUCUCAAAAUAAGCACCUUUUUCCUCCGAGUUUGAAAAGCCAAUUUAUUGCACGUGUCAUACAGUUUCUAACUCAAGCUCCUACCUCUGAGCGUUUGAAUAUUCCCCUACGGUUUUUAGAGAAAUUUUUAACUAAGGAUGAAGUUGUUCUCGCUGCCAAGAAUAAGUAUUUCGAAGCAUUUAUACACGUUUUAUGGCUUUCAAGUAAUAUGAAUAUCUCAGAAAUCAAGGUUGAAACACUACUUACACCUAGAUUGAAAACAUUCUUCGACUUUUUGCUUCUACCCUUCAAUGUCUGCGCUCCUGAAACAAGGCAAGAACUAACUAACUACUUGUUGCGCGAUAUAUUAUCUUCAAGCCAUUUGGUGUGUGUUAUAACUUUAGUUAUACCACAAUUAGUUUUGUCUCCUGGAAGCCAAAUGUCUGUUGUCAACAUAACUGAAGCACUGUUGAAAGUUCAUGAAGAAGUGAAAGAUUCAAAUCGUAGAAUGAUUGCUCUGUACGUUGGUAUUGCUUUUGUUCUGAAGCCAAACACAGAUGAAGAAGCUUUCGCACUGUUCCAUCUUUUAGCUACUCUUCUGCCGACCAGUGUGGUGAAUGAACCUGAAGAUGACAUUGGCAAGUUUGUUAAAAUGACAAUUCAAGAAGGCUUUCAAUCAGAUUACUUCAUUAAUAUCUUCUUAUUAGCAUUGAGUUCAUCCAAAACGGCGAUAGAAGAUAUGCUAACUUUCCAUACUCAUGGAGUUCAAGAAUCACUGUUCGAAGUUUAUUGUGAAAAGUCUUUGCCAGACGCAUAUCAGGUUCUGAUUAGAUUAUUUGAAUACAUUUUGAGCUUCGAAGUGGAUAAUGCUGAAAAAUCCUUCUCUAGUAUUUCCAGAAAAUCGAAAGAAAACACUCUCAUUAAUUCUUUAAAAUUAGGCUGGGUAAAAACAAUCAAGAAUGCUGAAAACUUCCGCUCAGCAAUCUCACUGUGUUCCUACAUUUUUGUUGGAAUUCUGCGGAACAGUGUGGACGAUGAUUUCGAUCUUCAAGGAAUACUACACGAUUUCAUUUCAGACUUUAUUCAAAUAUCUCAAGAAUUCUUGGAGCUUUGUCUUGGUCUGAUUGAUCUUGCUUUUCCUGAUGAUUUCUGGUGUUCCUCGAGUGUGGCUAAACAGAAACUGGAGAAUGCCUCUCAGUGGUCUGGUAUGUAUCAAGACCUUGUUCUAGCUCUGCGUGCAAUAUUCCAAAAAAAUAAUCGAGUUCAUUUCUUGCCACACAAUUUCUGGACUUCGCAUAAUCGACAGGUUGUUGUAAACAAGAAAAUAUGGUACCAUAACAGACGGUUCAAUUCUUUGAGACAAAGACAACAAAGUUUUGCUUUUGUUCGAUUUCUUCGUUUUGACAAGCCCAAUGCAGACGAGAGUGAUAGCGAUACUGAAGCAACUGAAGAAGAACAACCUAGUAAUACAGAUUUGAGAAAUUUGAGUAUUAUAAGAAAUAUUCCUUUUGUGGUUCCAUUCGAACAGCGUUUAAUUAUAUUCCGGGACCUCUUGAGGCAUGACAAAAACGCAUCAGGAAUAGAUAAUGUCACUUUCUCAUUUUCUUCUGGGCAUGCAAUUUCAGUACGCCGACAACAUCUAUAUGAAGAUGCUUUCGAAGCUUUAACCCCUGGAAAGUGUCCCGACUUGAGACAGAAUAUUAGAGUCUCCAUGAUUAAUUGGAUUGGUUUAGACGAAAUCGGACAGGAUGGUGGAGGCAUUUUCAGAGAGUUUCUCUCAGAGCUACUUAAAACUGGGUUCGAUCCUAACCGUGGCUUGUUUAAGUAUACUCAUGAUAGAUUUUUGUAUCCGAAUCCAGAUGCCAUGCUAUUAUUCCCCCAUAACUUUUCACAGCAUUACUAUUUCUUGGGUCGUAUGGUUGCAAAGUUAAUUUAUGAAGGGUUGAUGAUGGAUAUGCACUUUGCCGAUUUUUUCUUGGUUCAGCUAUUGAGUACUAAAAACAAACCUUUCAUGGAUUUGGAACACAUGAAGUCCUACGAUCCAACUAUAUACAGCCAUCUCUAUGAUUUACUUCAUGCUACGGAAGAGGAGAUCGAUGCGCUUGCUUUGGAUUUCAGUGUGACCGUAGACCACUUCAAUGCCAUCAAAACUGUUGAUUUGAAACCAAACGGUCGAAAUGUUCUCGUUACUCAUAAAAACAGAAUUGAGUAUGUCCAACUGUAUGUAAAUUAUUUUCUGUAUAAGCAGAUCGAGCUGAUAAUUGAUGCAAUGCGGGCUGGUGUCAACGAUGUAAUUAACCCAUCAUGGUUGGCUAUGUUCGACUCUGCAGAGCUUCAGAUCAUAGUAAGCGGAGUCGACGUUGAUAUUGAUGUGGAUGACUUGAUUACCCAUUCUUCGAUAUACUACACAGGAGUGGAUGAAGACACUGAAUAUAUCAGAAUGUUUUGGAAUGUUGUGAAGUCUCUGACGAGUACGGAAAAAGCUUUAUUUCUCAAAUUCAUCACGGGUUGUUCCAGGCCACCUAUUGGUGGUUUCCGUUACCUUCAACCAAAAAUAGGCAUUCAAGUGGCCAAUGGUUCCGAUGACCUGCUUCCUACAAGUGCUACGUGUAUGAAUUUAUUCAAAAUACCAAAAUAUAAAACAAGACAAAUUUUGGAAGAUAAGCUGAGAUAUGCUAUCAACUCUGGGGCAGGUUUUGAGUUGCAAUGA